AUGGAUUCUCCUCCUCUGAAAGAACCGCUCCUCACAGCGACGGGGUUCUUAACCCGAAAAUAUCUCUUCGCCGAUGCGACUCCUGAGAAUGGAGAUGAGUCGGUACCGCUCCCAGUAUGGGCGUUCUAUAUCUAUCACCCCGGGAAGAAAAUCCAGGCAUUGUGGGACUUGGGUAUAGCCAAGGACUCCAGCAAGAUCUCACCAUCCAUUCAAGAGGCCAUGGCAGCUGUCAUGAAACCAACAAUCACCCAAGACGCUGCAGAGAUUCUUACCAGUAACGGGAUUUCGCCUGCCGACAUCAACUAUCUCCUCAUAUCCCACCCCCACGUAGACCAUAUCGGGGAUCCUUCAAAGUUUCCCAACGCGAUGAUGAUCCUCGGAAAAGGAACACAGGCUUAUUGCCGCCCGGCAUGGCCCAUAAGCCCUGACUCAGGGUUUGUGGAGGAGAACUUCCCAGAUGGUCGUGUACGGGAGCUCGAGGAUGCCGAUUAUGCGACAUCUGUGGGUCCGUGGCCGAAGGCGCAUGACCUUUUUGAUGAUGGGAGUGUGCUAUUGAUAGAUGCGCCGGGGCAUCUUCCAGGACACCAGGUUGCUCUAGUAAGGACGGAAAGGGGGAGGCUAUUGUUAGGCGGUGACUCUUGCCAUCACUGUGCUCACCUCACGUCGUUCCAGAAGGGCGGGAAUAUGAGUUAUGUUAUGCACUUGGAUGAAGAUGAUGCGAGACUGAAUUUGGAAAGAAUAGACCGAUUUUUGAAGAAAGAAGAGGAUGUAAAGCUUUGUUUAGCGCACGUUGGGGAACAUAAUGAGGGGUUUGAGAAGAUCUAUGGAAACGCGUAA